GAGAUACUUUUCAAGGGUAAAGCCCUUUACAAGUUAUUCAAUGCUAAGUCAAAUAUCGUUAGUCCUGAAAUAGUAAGGCCUAUUAAUGAGGCCAUUUUCCAUUUUGCCAGUGCACUUAAUGGAUACUUGUGUGUGAUAGAGUUGGGCUACUAUUAGGCCAUCCUGCACAUCCUGUUACACUCGAGACUUUCAAUAUGUCCUGUAUAUUAGUGUACCACAGGAAAUGGCUAACUAAAAAGCAUUGUUUCAUGUCUUAAAAUGUUCAUAUAUCACUCAUUGUUUGACAACAGUUAAAAUAGGUAAGCUAGGUAACAUAUUAGCAAGUUACAAAAAUUUAUGAUGGUCUUUAAAGUUCAGUUUUAGUGCAGCAUUACUUUAUACAGUACACUCUAUAUUGAUUUCCCCAUGACAUAUAAUCCCAAUUAAGUCCAUUUUAGUUUGAGGUGGCAAUACUACAAAAUGUGGUGAAGUUGAAGGCAGUGAAUACUUAUGCAAGCUACUGUAACUAUAUGGCAAGCUAAUACAAAUGGAUAUAAUUGGCUUUGGCAAGUAAGUGGACUGUAUAAAUCAGCAUAGAUAAGCUCAGGUUUGACUACCUGCACUGAAUUCAGAAUGAAUACCUGACUUAAUGAGCAGAAAAGCCUGCAUUAUAUGCAUUACAGUGUAUUUCUGCUAUGCUAUGUAUAUGCAGGAUGUGUGUGAGCGCACGUUCUGCAUGUAUGCAUGCUACAACUUAUCUGGGAAUAAUCUUUAUUUUGUGUCCUUCUUAAAAAUGUGUGUCCCUUUAUGUGUUGGCAAAUUGUGAACUGUGGCUGUCUAUGUAGGUAUAGAUUACACUUUAAGUCCUCUCUCUGCUGGGAGAGAGAAAUCAGGGCAAUUAGGCAUAUCCGAUGGGGGCUUCUAUAUGCAUUAUUAAUCAAAUAGGUCAUUAGCAUGCUGCUAGCGCUCUGGAAAGCAGAUCCUAUGUCAAUGUUCUCCUGCAGUGCCAGUACCAGUUAGCCUUAUCGCAGCGCUCGCAGCAUGGGGGAAAUAAUGGAGAGCCAAAGCCAGCAGUGGGUAACCUGGACCGGGCAACAAGCCAAUAACAAGGGCGGGUUGCUGCUACUGUUUAUGGCACUUUGAAGGGAGGCUGCAGGUAGUCUGAGCAGGAGACCAGGCGUGGUAGCAGGGGCUAGAGGUCAGAGGUCAUGGCCAUGACGACCAGCCAGUUGGUGGUGCUGCUGGCCGUGGUAGCAGUGGCCCAUGCCUCCGUCUUUCUCUCCGGCCAGAAACUGAAGCCUCGAUUCCAGCGAGACCGCCGUAACAUCCGCCCCAACAUCAUCCUCAUCCUCACUGAUGACCAGGACAUUGAGCUGGGCUCCAUGCUGGUGAUGAAUAAGACACGGCGGAUCAUGGAGCAAGGUGGCACGCACUUUUCCAACGCUUUUGUGACAACGCCCAUGUGCUGCCCAUCACGCUCAUCCCUCCUGACUGGCAAAUACGCACACAACCACAACACCUACACAAAUAAUGAGAACUGCUCAUCUCCCAGCUGGCAGGCCCAGCAUGAGCCGCGCACCUUUGGAGUCUAUCUCAACAACACAGGCUACAGGACAGCAUUUUUUGGGAAAUAUCUGAACGAGUAUAAUGGCAGCUACAUUCCCCCUGGUUGGAGAGAGUGGGUAGGGAUGGUGAAGAACUCCCGCUUCUACAACUACACCAUCUGCAGGAACGGCGUCCGCGAGAAACAUGGAUUCGACUACUCGCAGGACUAUCUGACAGACCUGAUAACCAACGACAGCGUCAAUUACUUCCGCAUGUCCAAGAAAAUCUAUCCUCACAGGCCAGUGCUGAUGGUGAUCAGUCACGCCGCCCCCCACGGGCCAGAAGACGCGGCGCCGCAGUACUCCUCCUCCUUCCCCAACGCAUCCCAACACAUUACUCCAAGUUAUAACUAUGCUCCAAACCCGGACAAGCACUGGAUCAUGCGCUAUACUGGUCCCAUGAAACCCAUCCACAUGGAGUUCACCAACAUGCUGCAGAGGAAGAGGCUGCAGACGCUGCUGUCUGUCGAUGACAGCGUGGAGAAGAUUUAUAAUAUGCUUGUGGACACUGGCGAGUUGGACAAUACGUAUGUUAUCUACACCUCUGAUCACGGCUACCAUAUCGGGCAGUUUGGACUGGUCAAGGGCAAAUCCAUGCCUUAUGAGUUUGACAUACGAGUUCCUUUCUAUAUACGAGGCCCCAGUGUGGAAGGAGGAACCAUCAACCCCCACAUUGUGCUGAACAUCGAUCUGGCCCCCACCAUUCUGGACAUCGCCGGGCUCGAUAUCCCUCCAGACAUGGACGGCAAGUCCAUCCUCAAACUGCUCGACACUGACAGACAUAUAAACAGGUUCCAGGUCAACAAGAAGGGGAAAGUAUGGAGGGACUCCUUCCUGGUGGAGAGAGGCAAACUACUUCAUAAAGUAGUGCAUGACGGGAAGGACGUGGCACAAGAAGAGAACUACCUUCCCAAGUACCAGCGAGUCAAAGACCUGUGUCAGCGUGCUGAGUACCAGACACCCUGCGAACAGAUUGGACAGAAGUGGCAGUGUGUGGAGGACUCCACCGGGAAGCUGAGGCUAUAUAAGUGCAAAGGCAUGGCCAGUCUUUCUGCAGUGAGGAAACCAGUGUCCAGCAUGAAGCCCCAGUUUUUCCAACGCACUGUUAGCACCAGUGCUAAAGUUAACACAGAGUCUGAUGACUGCGACUGUGACUUCAGCAGCUACAGACUUAGCACGCUGAAGAAAAAGACCCUGCUGUCCAAAAAAAAAAUGAAGACGCUGAAAAGCUACUCCAGGAACCGCUAUGCUCGCUCGCUGUCUGUGGAGAUAGAUGGAGAUCUAUAUGCAGUGGAUCUGGAUGGUGAAUACCGACCAAUCAACAGCAGGAACCUGAGCCACGCCCACCAGGAAGAGGAGUUGUUCAGCGGGAUGGGUCCAACCUCUGAGCCGCAAACCAGCAACAGCCUGACAUUGCCCUCAUCUAUUAAAGUCACUCACAGGUGCUCCAUCCUGGCUAACGACACGGUAAAGUGUGACGUAGGACUGUACAAAUCACUGCAGGCAUGGAAAGAUCAUAAACUCCACAUCGAUCAUGAGAUCGAAACACUCCAGACGAAGAUUAAGAACCUGAGAGAGGUCAGAGGGCACCUGAAGAGGGUGAGGCCUGGAGACUGUGACUGCAGCAAGUACAUCUACAAGUCCAAGUUCAAGAGUAAGCUGAGGAAAUAUAAAUCAGACAGCAUGCAUCCAUUCAGGAAAGCGCAGGAGAAAGAUAAGAAGGCAUGGCUGAUGAUGGAGCAGAAGCGCAGGAAGAAGCUCAGGAAGAUGUUGAAGCGCCUGCGUAACAAUGACACAUGCAGCAUGCCGGGUCUCACCUGCUUCACACAUGAUAACCAGCACUGGCAGACUGCCCCCUUCUGGACCUUGGGACCUUUCUGUGCCUGCACCAGCGCCAACAACAACACGUACUGGUGCAUGAGGACCAUCAAUGAGACGCAUAACUUCCUGUUCUGCGAGUUUGCUACAGGCUUCCUGGAAUACUUUGACCUUAACACAGAUCCAUACCAGUUGAUCAACGCAGUAAACACGUUGGAUCGUCACAUUCUGAACCAAUUGCACGUUCAGCUCAUGGAGCUGCGAGGCUGCAAGGGCCACAAACAGUGUAACCCCCGCAUACGCAAUAUGGACCUGGAGGGCAGAUUUGGGAAGGAUGGGAAGGAUAAGAACCAGGCGGGUAAGAGCCGAUUUCAACCCCUGUACACACUCGAUGAGCACGCCUACGAUCUCGACCUCAACUUCACCUUGAGCCUGGAGGACUGGGCCCACUUCAGCCGCUCCGUGGACCACACGUACACGUUCCUUAGCAACCAUAACCGGCCUUGCCCACAUGACCUGGUGGGAGGGGCCAGAGGAAGAGACUGUGCCCUCGUGUCCUCUGCCAGCGGAUCGGCUUCAGUCGUCUACCUUACCACUCUGGCCACUCCUGCUUUGUUGCUGAGGGAGGCGGGGACAGAACUUCUGAGAGAGGCUUUGGGAUUGAGAGCGAAGCCACACCCCUCUUCCUCGGCCCCUCCCACUUCUUCUUCUUCUCCUUCGACACGUUUGCUCUCCUCCGGCCCACGCGAGGACAGGGACACUUCAGAGGAAAUAAUGAAUAAGCAUAUGUGGAGUGGACGAACAGAAGAGGACAAGAGAGAGGGGGAGGAGGAGGAGGAGGAGGAAGAGGACAGUGAUGAAGAUGACGAGGGGGAGGUUUUUAUUAAGAAACGGACAGGUCGACGGAGGUUCGGCACCGCCCACUGUGACUGCAGCUAAUCUCCGGGUCUCCGUCUGACUUUCUGUAUGGGCCUAAUGUCGUUACCUCGUUCCUCAGAGAAGACUCUUAACCUUCAACGGAAGUGUACAGAAGUUUACCUCCAGCCUACAACCAACCUCUUUCUCUCCUACCUCUCGUUCUCUCUUUCUGCCUCUUCGGUCCACAUCAGUCUUCCACAUCAGCCACAGCCUCCAGGCUCUGUUUCUCUUCAGUCCGUCUGUCCCUCCUUUAAGUAUGUCCAUCAUGCUACAUGACUAAUAUUCCAGAGAUCGGCUAGGCUUCAAAGAGAGCACAUUUCUUCAUUGAACCUUUGGUAGGUGAGGUUGUGGGAGUGUUGAGAAAGUUACAAGUGAAAGGAAGUUGGCGUAUUUGGGACUGAGUUUUGUAUUGUGGAUACGUGUACGUGUUUUCUUUUGAGUUCUGUAAGUGCUGAUGGCUGUGUGUACGUCUCCCCUGAACAGCUUCAGACCAUGUGGCACAUUCCCCAGUCUCUUUCCUUAACUGCCUCAACGUCCAACACCACUUUAUCCGAUAUCCUGGCUGCCCUCGAGGCCACGCUAAUAAGAUACUUGUUUAACCCUUAUGUUCUGUUCUGUUUGAGUCGAAAUGACCCAUUGUAAAUUUUUACAAAAAGUUAAACCACACUAAAAAAUUAAUUUUUACAACACUGUCUGUGCAAGUCGCAGUUGAAAAUCAUUUUUAUUACAGAGGCCAUAUUCAGGUUCAGCUUUUUCACCUGAGAAUAGCAAGGAGAAAUAAAAAAUACAUGUAUGUGGGAAAAAAAAGUUAUUUUAUGUUGAUAUGUGAUAUCUUCCAACCCUUCACACGUGUGCACACACACUUGAAAUAGUGUUUAUUCCCAUAAAUACUGUUAAUAAAGCUACAAAUUGUGAUGAAGAUAUUUUCAAAUCAAUUUUACAGUUAUGUUACUAUAAAAUCAUAAGCGAUUAGAGUGUUGUUGGUAUGCCAGCAAAAAAAAAAAGAUAGAGGAAAUGAUGGAAAAAAGGAAUGAGGAAAGACAUAGUGAAAAGAAUAUAAUAAUAAGAAUAUAAUACCUUCUUGAUUAUAAUCUUUUAGCUGUAUUGGUAAUAACUGAUAUGAAGAUAUAUUUUAAAUUAUAUUGCAUUGCUAUAAAAUAUCAGAACAUAUGGCAAGAGUCAGUAAGACACUUAUUGCUACGAAAUGAACAGAACAGGAGGGUUAACACAUUAGCAGCUGUAACAUCUGUAUAAAGAAGUAAGGAAAGAGUCCAGGUCUUCAUGAGCAGUUCACACACUGCUUUUAUUCCUGCCUCUCCUCACCUCGACAGAUUUUCUUUUCCUUUUUUGCAAGGAAAAAAAAAUCUGUUAAACAAGUGUGUAAUUUGGACAGUGUAUGUAGGCAGGUGUAAAUUAAAGCACAUCAUAUAUUUUCACUCGAGCUGAUAUUGUUUUUUUCUUCUCUUUAAAAAAUGCUCUUAUUUUUAGGUUUGCUGACCCAUUUUGGGUCUGUCUAUGAGAAAACAUGGCGUACACCCCUAAAGGUCCCUUCACUCUUUCAUUAAAUUCUUACUACUCAUGGUUUGAGUCACAACAGUCUCAGGCGUGUGGCUUAUCAGUAAAAAAAAAAAUAAUAAAAUAAAAUAAAAAGACAGGAAAUAUUACUGAUGAGCCACUUGAGUAUAAACCUGCCUCUAGAAUAAACUGGGUGCAACAAGAUGUAUUUCAGAUGUUGUACUGUGCCCCACUAAUAAGAUAAAAAAAAAAAUUCAUUUUAUUUACUGACACAAAUGUGCUCUUUUUUUAAAGACAUGAUGAUAAAGGUUUGAUGUGAUUAUCAAGUGUGAAUUUCCUUUUAACCAAUUUCUUCUUAGGUAUUUGUGCUAUACAUGGUGCUACUAAAGUCUGAGCAACUAUAUAAAAUGGCAGUAUGUAUUUGAAUGUACGUUUGCAAAUUAAUAUGCUGUAAAUGUUAAAGUAUAUUUUAUAUGACACGCAACAGUCGAUGCUAUUAGGCAUAUUUUUUGGCUUUGGAUCAUGUUAAUAUUUUAUUGAUCAGCACAUCAUAACAACAGUUGACUUUCUAUUCAGUCCCCGGUCAUUUGUCAUUUGUUCAGAACAGGAGUGCUCACACAGACAGAUUGUAACUAAAAUAGAUGAUUUGUAGGUUGUUGGUUUUAUAUGGAUACUGUUUAUGUAGCUAUGUUUCCAUCCAAGGUACAAAUAUCCAACAAAAACAUCAAAUUGAAUUCAAUCUGCUCAUAAAAAGUGUUAAAAACAAAGAAAUGAAGUAAACUGUGGACAAAGCUCAUUUGCUAAAUAAAUAAUGUAAUUUUUAAUAUACACUCACCAACCUUUUAGGAACCAUUAGGAACCCUUAUUCAUGAAAUUAUCCAAUCAUCCAAUCAUGUGACAGCAGCACAGUGCAUGAAUAUCACGCAGAUACAGGUCAACAGACGAGCUGGUUUGAGUAUUUCAGAAAGUGCUGAUUUCCUGAGAUUUUCACACACAACAGUCUCUAGAGUUUAGAGCCCAAAAACCAAAAGCCUCCAGUAAGCGGCGUUUCCGUGGGCAGAAACGUCGUCUUGUUGAGAGAGGUCAGAGUUCAGACUGGUUCGAGCUGAAAGGAAGGCAACAGUAACUCAAAUAAUCACUUUUUUGUGCAUUCUAAGAUGCUUUUCUACUCACCAUGGUUGUAAAGAAUGUUUAAAUGAGUUACCACAGACUUCUUGUCAUUCUGUAUAAACUCUCUAGACUGUUGUGUAUGAAAAUCCCAGGAGAUCAUGAGUUUCUGAAAUACUCAAACCAGCCUGUCUGGCACCAACAUGGGAUUUAGUGAGAUUUUAUUUAAUAUGUAAAAACUGCUUUUGAAUCUCAUUUCUUGAAUAAAUAAAAUAACAAAUAUAUGUAAGGCAGCUGCAGUCAUAGGUGGAUGGUCAUUUUCAGCACCAGUACUUCUGUAAAAAAAAAAAAAAAUACAGAUGGGUGACAAAUUAAAGGAAAAAUCAACAUAAAGUGUCUUGGUAAGGUUUUGGGCCACCAUGAGCAAGAAAAAGAGCUUCAUUACACCUUGCCAUAGAUCCUACAAGUCCCUUAAACGGUUCCAGAGGGAUUAACACCAUUUUUCCAAAGCAUAUUCCCUCAGUGGGUGUGUUGAUGAUGGUGGUGGUGAGCUCUGUCUAACAUGUUAGUAGUGGGUAUUCAGUUGGGUUGAGAUGACCGUGCAGCGACUCCUCAUGCCCUGUGGACCACUCCCAUCAGGAUAGAAAUGUUUCAUCAUAGGAAAAAGGUGAUCAGUCACAAUAACUUUGCAUUCAUUUGCAGUGACUCUUCCAUCUAAGGCCACAAGUGGAUCCAAACCAUGCCAGCGAAGUCUCUCCCACAGCAUAACAGAGCCACCUGGUUUCCUUAAAUUUGUCACCCAUCAUCUGUCCAUUUGCCUAAACUGAAACACCUAAUUUACACACUGUUUCGAAUGGAUUUCAUUUUAUUUCAUUCCUCACUUGGAUGGAAACAUGGUUAAUAUUCAUGAAAGUGUUGCAGAGACUGAAUCUGAAUCUGACAAGCCUCCGUAUCUGACAUUAAGAUCAGUUAAAGUGUUAAAUCUAGCUCAUGCUUUGAUGCCUUGUUCACUUGACAUUUGACUUUUUUUUUUUUUAAAUCAUUUUAUACACCCGAACUCUCUUGACUGAACCCAAAGCCAAUUUUUUUGCACCAGAUUUUAUGUCGUUACUUCAGUAAAAGGUUAAAACGUUGUUCUAUGGAAUUCCCUCAGCACUUUUUAAAGGGACUACUGUAGUGGAAAGAUGAUUUCAUAUGACAGAUGGUUUGAACAUAACAAUGCCUUGUACAGUUCUAUAGAUUAAUUAAUCAUAUCUCUAUUUUUGUUUCAGUUAACGUGUGGACAUUUCAUAGCGCUUGUUAGUGGUGAAUAAAGUGUUGAAUGCCCA